AUGGCUAUUCGACGCUCUCUCAAAGGGGAGAAAGAUCCCAAACCCCACCACCACCAUCUCUCGAUUACCCCCAAAUCCGCCAUUGCGAUUCUACCUCCAAAGAAGGUCAUCAAAGCCCUCUACGACUACCAACCGGAACCAGGGAACACGCAGGAAUUGGCAUUCAGCAAGGGGGACUUUUUUCACGUCAUCAGCAGGGAGGACGAUUUGGAUUGGUACGAGGCGUGUAAUCCCCUUAUCCCUAGUGCCAGGGGGUUGGUUCCUGUAUCCUUCUUUGAAGUCAUCGGCAAGAACCAAAGAGACAGCAGCGGCUCGAUCGACCUUCUUAAAAAGAACCAGUCCCACGACUCUGGCUUUGCCGACAGGGCUACUUCCUCAGGCUCUGAAUUUGGCUCAAACGGUUCUAAAUCUUAUCAAUCACACCCCGCAUUCCCUAGAAUGUCCACGCUGGGAAAGGCCGCGGGUGGAGCGGCCAUGGUCUAUGGCGUGGUGCAAUACGACUUCCAGGCUGAACGACCGGACGAGCUCGAUGCCAAAGCAGGGGAGGCGAUUAUCGUCAUCGCCCAAUCGAAUCCGGAAUGGUUUGUCGCCAAACCCAUCCGUCGCCUCGGCGGACCCGGCCUUAUCCCCGUCGCAUUUAUCGAACUGCGCGACUUGCAAACCGGACAAGCUGUGACUGAUCCACUCGAGGCUGUGAAGCGUGCUGGUAUUCCCAAGGUGGAGGAAUGGAAAAAGAUGACGGCAGAAUAUAAGAACAGCAGUAUUACGCUGGGUAAGAUUGAUUCCACCGCCUCGAUGCAGUCCGUUACGUCGGGUAUGGACAAGAUGUCGAUGAGCCGACAGAGCACGGACCAAAUCAGCCAGAAUGGCCAGCCUUAUCAGGUCUCACCCCAACCACACCAAAGCUACCAUCAACCCCUCGUCGCUCCUGUUGUCGCCUCGAUCCCACGUUACUGUUUCGACAACGAUAAAUACUGGUACAUUAUUGAAGCGAAGAUGGAAGACGGUCGCUGCUGGGAGCUAUCACGAUACUAUCACGACUUUUACGAUUUUCAGAUCGCUCUGUUGACCCAAUUUGAAGAUGAGGCAGGCAAUCGAGGCCGGCCCCGAACCUUGCCAUUUAUGCCCGGUCCAGUGACCCACGUUACCGAUGCCAUUUCCAACGGCCGACGACAGAACUUGGAUGAAUACAUCAAAAAGCUGAUAUCCAUGCCCCCUCACAUCUCCCGCUGCAGUCUCGUCCGUCAACUAUUUGCCCCUCGUCCCGGCGACUUUGAAAUUGACCCUAGCGCCUUUGGAGAAGACGCUCGAUUCUCGGGGGGUUCUCAGCACUCAUCCGGUCAUGAAAUCUCGCCUAGCGCAUCGCGCCAGUCAUCGCAACCGCAAAUGAAUGGCCCGUCGCAUCAGCGGUCGCAGCCGUCCGUAUCUCUCCCCAAUGGAAACCCUCCCCCAAUGAACCGCCAGGCUAGCUCGAUUACGCAAGUCUCGGCCACCUCCAGCACUGGUGCGAUGAAAGUCAAGGUCUACUUCCAGGACGAUCUGAUCGCCAUUCGCGUUUCUAGCGAUAUCAAUCUCCAGCAACUCAAGGAAAAGCUCCUAGAUCGCCUAAAGAUCAACGACGAAAUCGCGUCUGGCAACUACUUCGACCUUAGCAGUGACCAUGACCUCGAUACGGCGAUUCAACGAAACCCCAAACUCACCCUUCAUGUCGGCCUUGCAUAG